AUGAAAUCAUCAAAUAAAUAUCCUAAUCUUCACAAUGAAUGGCAAGUGCAGUCUCUUGCGUUGGAAAAGAACAACGCGAUGACACUCAUACAUCGCUCCUACUGCAACCUCAAACUUGAAAACGUCAACAAAGCCAUGAAGGAUGUAAAUGAGGCUCUGAAGCUGCAGCCCAAAAAUAUUGCAGCCUUGCUACAAAAAGCGGACACUUAUUAUUUCAUGGGAAAAUUGGAAGAGGCUUUGGUGCACUACUACAGAUCUCAGAAGUUGUCCCCAAGACUACAAAGGUGCCACUUGUGGGUGUAUAUCUGUGAGACCGCCAUCUUAAAAAUUAUCGGAGAUUCCAGAAUGCUGCUAACAAAGAAUGGCGACCUUUCAUUUCUAGAGAAACAAGUCGAAGAGAAUUCGGUCUCCCGUAACAAAACUUUGGAAGUUAAGCUGAAAGAUAAGUUCAAGCAGAAGCAAAAAGUUUCGAAAAACAGGCGAACGCUUAAACUAAUGGGCAGUCUGUACGAAGACAGAUGCUACUUGGAGAGCAUAUUUCUCGAAGCCGGAGAUCACACGAGAGUUGGCUCGAAGUUGAAACACCGCGCUUACACUCUCAUACAGUACAUUGACAAGCAGACCAUGAAGAUGCUACAUGAAAAGCCGCCGACUAAAAUUAUAAAAAGAUCGAAACCAUUACCUUCGAUUACCGAGGCGAGGAUGUGUAUAAACCAGGCCAUCACCAGAGAACUCAAUCUUAUCGAUACCGAGCAGCAGGAGCAUUUGUACUGUGAGAGCUUACAGCGGUGCUACAACCUUCUGAAUGCUGUGCUCAACUACAAGGAGGAAGUCGUCAAGAAACUGGAAGAAGUGAUAGCGACUAUUUACGGGUAUAUGGGAACGGCUUAUCUGCAAGGGAAGGAUAUGGACAAAGCCAUGAUGUUUUUUAAGAAGGAAAAGGAUUUGUCCAUUCGGCAUUGGAGUAUUUUGUUGCCGACUAUAGAAGAGGCAGAGGAGCGUUCGUGGCUGUUGCACGAGAUGGGCAGGUGCUACUAUGCACUCUGCGAUUUCAAUAGAGCAUUGGAACUAGGAGAGAAGGCUUACGAAGAAGCGAAAAAAACGCGGGACUACUUCUGGAUGAUAACAUGCCUAGUCCUCAUGGCGCAGAGCAGAAUUAGGAUUCCGGAUUUGAAUGCGGCAUUUUUGGAUUACGAGAAUGCACUGUACCUGGCUCUCAGCAUGAGUAAAUGA